CAAGCUUAGGUUUGACAGGUUAAAAAAAACUUGUAAUGAACAAUUAAAACAAUUACCAAAUAAUGAAGAAAUGUGAAAUAUUACUUUAACUUUUUGUUUUUGUGGUCUACGGUACAAAGCAAUCAUUGUAUUGUUUGUCCUUUUAAAAUAAUAAACUUAUAACAACUUAAUUUAUUUUAAAUCGUUAUAUUUCCCAUUGAAUGACGAGAGGAUGAGUUUCUUAUUUGGAAGUCGUUCCUCUAAAACUUUUAAACCAAAAAAGAAUAUACCAGAAGGAACUCAUCAAUAUGAGUUGAUGAAACAUGCAGCGGCCACAUUGGGUUCAGGUAAUUUACGAUUAGCUGUAAUGCUUCCUGAGGGAGAGGACUUGAAUGAAUGGGUGGCCGUCAAUACCGUGGAUUUUUUUAACCAAAUCAACAUGCUGUAUGGAACGAUAACUGAAUUUUGCACGGAAGACAGCUGUUCCAUAAUGUCAGCGGGUCCGAAAUAUGAAUACCAUUGGGCAGACGGACACACCGUAAAGAAACCCAUCAAAUGUUCCGCACCAAAAUACAUAGAUUACCUAAUGACCUGGGUACAAGAUCAGCUUGAUGAUGAAACGUUAUUUCCUUCAAAAAUAGGAGUACCGUUUCCCAAAAACUUCCAAUCCAUUGCUAAGACGAUUUUAAAAAGGCUAUUUCGAGUGUACGCCCACAUCUACCAUCAGCACUUCAGUGAAGUGGUGCAGUUGGGGGAAGAGGCGCAUUUGAAUACCUCGUUUAAACAUUUUAUAUUUUUUGUACAGGAAUUUAAUUUAAUCGAACGACGCGAAUUAGCACCUCUACAAGAAUUAAUCGACAAAUUAACGGCAAAAGAGACACGAUGAAUGAAUAAUAUGGAAUAUAUGAUUUAUAUACUUACACAUAUAUAAUACCUAUAUACUUUCCUCUGUGCAUUUAUUUCGACUUUUGUGUGACUGUUUAGUUUAUUUCGUAAUUUAUAGCACAAAACGGUGUUACUUGCAAGAUUUUCUUUACUACCACCACCAUCAUCGUCGUCGUCGUCUUUGUCAUCAUUGUACAUGACAUAAAAAACGUUGCGAAAUAUUCGAGAAUCUAUUUUGUAGUAAUAUAAUAAGAGAGUAAAACAAAGCUUUAGAAUCUACAAAAAACAAAUUAAGGAAGAAAAAUGUUACCUUAAGAAAGCUUCAUU